AUGCGCUUCUCGUCUUCUUUCCUCGCCGCGGCUGGCCUGUCGGCUUUGGUUCUUGGUGCACCGGCCACGGAGGUCGAUGGCUGUGGCUCGGCGGAUGGCAGCUAUCCGGAAAGUCCUGCUCCAGACCCGGCUCCUGCCAGUCCAUCGAAGCCCACCAACUCAACAGGUGCGCUCCAAUGGGUGGGCACCAACCAAUCGGGGGCCGAGUUUGGACAAACCAAGCUCCCCGGAUUGCUUGGCAAGGAUUACACGUGGCCAUUGACGACAUCGAUUGAUAUCCUGAUCAAGAAGGGGAUGAACAUCUUCCGCAUUCCCUUCAUGAUGGAGCGCUUGGCGCAGACCAGCAUGACCGCUGACCUGAAUGCGACCUAUCUGGCUGAUAUGUCCGCGCUCGUCAACCACAUCACCACAGCCGGGGCCCAUGCCGUCAUCGACCCCCACAACUUCGGUCGCUAUGCGGGAUCUAUCAUCAGCUCUACCGCCGACUUCAAGACUUUCUGGACAAACGUCGCGACGGAGUUCAAGACCAACGAUAAGGUCAUCUUCGAUUGCAAUAACGAGUUCCACGACAUGAAUUCCAACCAACAGGUUGCCGACCUGAAUCAAGCUUGCAUCGAUGGAGUCAGAGCCGCCGGAGCGACAACGCAGUAUGUGUUUGUGGAAGGCACUUCCUACUCCGGCGCCUGGACAUGGACUACAUCAGGGAACUCGGAGGUGAUGGGUAGCCUCACUGACCCCUCCGACAAGAUCGUCUACGAAAUGCAUCAAUACCUCGACUCGGACGGAUCUGGAACUUCAGACGUGUGUGUAUCGGCUACCAUCGGUGCUGAGCGUAUCGCCGCGGCUACCAAAUGGCUUCAGGCCAACGGCAAGAAGGGUAUCAUCGGCGAAGUGGCAGGAGGGGACAAUCCUCAGUGCAAGUCUGCCGUCAAAGGCCUCCUGGACGCGCUUGCUGCUGCAAGCGAUGUCUGGAUGGGAGUCCUCUGGUGGGCGGGCGGUCCGUGGUGGGGCGAUUACAUGUUCAACAUGGAGCCAGAAGUCGGCGUGGGGUAUAAAGCCUACGCGGAUACUCUCGUUGGGUAUGCCUAG